CUCGGAUCUUUUGGGCACCAAGAUGGAGCUCCACGUGAGCAGGACGGUCGAGGCACUCGUGGCGGCCACAUACCUGGCUAACACCGAUCAAGUCGUUGCUCUCACACAGACGCACCUACAGCGGUCCCAAUGCGCAUCAGAGAAUGCUGCAUGGACGUCGAUGGAAUUGCCCGAUAGACCAAGAAACGUCACUUGGAACGCGCUAAAGGACGUGGCAGUGUGGAGCAAUGCGUCACAGACCGCGUGCUACGUCGUCGACGCCAGAACUCUAGAGCAAUUCCAUAUUCAGCUCCCUGACACGACCUCUCACAUGGAAUGCGUAGCCGUGAGUAGACGAGCGUCCCACGUCGUGUUCGAGUCCCUGCACCACCUCCACGUGUGGCGAAGGCGCAUGCAAACCACAGACGGCACAUGGUUAACUUUGCAUCUUCCUCUGCAGAAUCCGUCUGCUCGACCUUGGCACGCCAUCUCCCAGUCACGGACACUGGGCUCCCUCCUUCUCGUUGGAUCUGUCAUCACGCGGCCCAGUGACGAUGGCAACGUCAACCUAAUAUGCACAACCGACUACUUCGACCUGGACGACGUGACUUGCCGUGUGGUCGCGGCCAAGGCUACUUCCAUCUCUCUUGAGCAUGGCUCUGUGGUCCUGGACGUAUGUUUCCAAGCUUCAAGGCAUGCGCUGGCCAUCCACACGUCCACCUUCGUGGUCACGUUGGAUUUGCAUUCCCAAACACAUUCGACGCAAGCUGCCGAUGCCGUCACCUCGUGCACCUGGGGCGACCGUGGCCUGUAUCUCAGCUACCCUGACGGCCGUCUCCAACUCAUUGGUGGACCCUCCAUGCUCCUCAAGGCGCCGUUAACGCCAUCACAGAAACUUGCGUGUUUCUCUGAAAACCUUCUCGUGUACGACCAACAGACCUUGCACGUGUACCAACUCUCGACGCCACCACCACCGUCAACCAUCGCGCAUGCUGCUGCAGCUUCAGCACCCCUCCACACCUCCUCCCAACCCACAAUUAGCUCUAUGCAUCCGUUUCUACGACUGCACUCGCCCCUACCAUCCCUUGUGCCCCUGAUCAACCAGUUUGUCCGUCAGAGUCCCACCGACACCCCGCCUGCCCAAUGGCUAACAGCUUUUGUCCAUCUGGCCAAGAUCGUCUGCGUCUCCCACCGAGAAGACCUCCUGCCAAAACUCACAGCGCUGGCCAUGCAUGGGCUGCACCUGUCGUGGCCUCACUCGAUGCGCCAGCUGCUCGGGUUGCUCCUCCGCCACCUCCAGCCCCUCUCGCCCGCCACCGUCGACACGUUCGCCGCUCUUUUGAAAGAAACACCGUCGCAGACACCCACGACAAAGCCAAUGUCAUCGCUCAUGUCCCUUCGGUACUGCACCGCCAUCGACUCGAUGCGGCAUGCCCAGGCAUCCCCUCUCCCCUUCGCCCACCCUCCUUGGGCCCCGACCUUGGCCUCAUAUUACCACCAUACAUUUGCUGCCUCGCCCCAUGAACUCUCGUCGUGGGUUCCGAUUCUGUACGACAUGCGCAAAGUGUUUUACCUUGUAGACAAAGCGCUACUUCGACGCGACCCCCAAGACCUGCGAUACCUUCGCCUUGUGGCUGUCGUCAUGACAUGUCACUUUGUAAAGCUCACACCGCUCGUGCCCUCGCUUCCGUAUGCAGUCGGCGGCAACAACAGUCCUCCGUUGAUGGCGCUCACCAUGUGGGAGACAGGAAGCAGCAGUCGCCCCCAUGACCCCCAAUGGUCGCUCUCAACCGCCAUCGUAUUGGCCAUGGCCUCCGACUCGGUUCCGUUUCUCCUUGCAUUGUGCCUCCAAUUCUCGACUUCGCACACGGACGAGUUUGUGUCGACCGUGUGCCGCCAACAGCCCACCCACAACGUCCCCCUUGUCGUGCGCUGUCUCAUGCGGCAACUCCGUCGCAUGUACGCGUCCAUGCCGUUGCUUCCGUAUCAUCCCCGCCGCAAGCACUUUGAUAACAGACAGAGUUUGAACGAUGUUCCUAAUUGCACUGGCUCCAAAUGUCCACCACCAUCGACCUCGACGACACCCACGGGGCUCUGCAUGUCGCAAAUCUACCGGCUAUACACGAUGACGCAACCAUCCAUCCCGUUAGACCUUGUCGCAUCCUCUUCUAAUGACGAAAUGAUCGCGGCGCAGUUUGCAGUCGACACCCUCCGCCGCAUCAAGAGGUUCCUGCUCAUCCUUCUCCCUUCCCCGUCGGUGAUGUCCAGUCUUGGCUCGGUUCCGCCAUCCGUCGGGCAACUCGAACUCGCCCAUCGAGUUGACCCCCACUGCAUCUGGCCAUUCCUUGAUCAUCCGUCCACCGCCACCUCGUCACAAUCCAGUCCGCUUCUGGCCGCGUUCGCCGCGACCGCGUGGGCCUGUAUCGUCCGGGAGCUGGCCGCUCAAAACCACCUCCAUCCUCGUCCCCGGCACGGCUGCUGGCACCUCGCGCGCCUCUCGUCCGCGGCGGUGUUUCGCAAGUCGGACGUUGAAAUUCGCACCGCCCAGCUGCAGCACUUGGCCGCGUCCGUGCGCGACUGUCCCGGCGAGGUCGUGGACGCGCUCGCGUUUGUGCUGUCGGUCGGGACCAAGGCCGUGAUGGCCAAACGCACGGCGGCGCUAGUCGCCAUGUGUGAUCAGGCUGGUCAUACAAGCCAGAGAUCGGUAGAAGCCGUUCGGGCGUGGAUGGCCGACCGCCGCGGCCAUGCGACAGCGUGGGAUCCAUGGUUUUGGGCGUUUUGCACGGCCUUGACCGACCUCGAGACGGUUCCAGUGCAACGGUGUCGCACCAUCCACACAACAAUACACGAAGAAGAAGUAGCAAAAGAUAGAGGGGCGACCGAUGUCAGUGAUGCCGCCGCGCGGACGAGCUCGCUGCUGGCACCAUCAUCCAAGGCGGCGCCGUCCAGGCAACCCCCGUUGCAACUCAUGCAAGCGCGGCGGUCGUUGUCCGAUUCCAGCAUGAAACAGCAGACGUCGGCGUCGUCGUCAGUGGCCAAUGUGCUCAAGUUGUUGCAACUACAGAAAGCCAAACAUGUCACGGCCUCGUCAGCUGUUGACACCUGGAGCCACGAGACAUCAGUAAAGCCAUCAACCCCCCCGCGGAUGCCCGCCCCUGUCCGACGAGGAGCCGUCCAGCCGCUUGUAUUUGAAGACGUCAGUCCACCCCCACUAGUGGCCCUCAAGCUCUUGCGCAAGUGCCACAGCAGCGUUGAGAAUCCGACUUGUCGGGUGUCAUUGCGGCCCCGCGACUUUUUCAGCGCCGCGCCUUCGUCGUCCGGUUUCGUAACCGAUCCGAAUGGCGUGACCGACAUCGCGGCGCGCGGCACGCAAACCACACCUCCACCACUCGAAGUCGUGAAUGGCGAACCAUGUCGCAUGGCACUGCCCGUCGAGAGUGGCCCCAGUACCAACACUCUUGAUUCGACUGCCGAGGCUAUAUCGUCAGGAGCACCGAAAGUGUCGGUCACGAGCACGGCCACCAUGACGACUCGAACCACAGACAACGCAUCGCAGACUUCCGCCCAAGGUGUCAGUUACUCCUCGGAAGGGAGGAUGCAGGGGCAACCAAACACGAGGAACGUGGCUCCCAACUUUCCAGUGUACGUGGCCAUCCAACCUGGGCCACACUCGGAGCGGGGGCAUGGGGGGUACUUGCAUGUAGCCGACUUGGAUUUGAGUCGGUCCGACGCAUCAUCGUCCGCCGCGAUCGUGUAUCGAACUCGUCUGGAAACACGAGAAGAUAAGGAGACUGAUGGUGGUGAUGGGAUAGCAGCAUCCACGUUGUUCCACCACAACCAAACAAUCGUCGAGAACUCCAACGAAGCAAGUCACGACGCGGACCCGUUGUUGGAAGCGUACGAGAAUGUGGGGGCCGAUGAUGCUGAAGGGGGCGUUCGAACUGAUGGAACAGAGGAGCACCGAGAGGUCGGUAGUACGAGGCAUGUGGUUGCUGGGGGUCGAGUGACGUCAAUGAAGGAGCAAAUGCAAACCAUGCGUCAACGCCUGCAACACAUUGAAUCAUUGGCGGAUAUGAUCGACUCGGAGUUUGCACACUCCCACGAGUUGAUUACGCAGAUGGAGGACCGAAGGCGGGGCCUCAGUGGGUUACUAGAUCGAGGGUUUGCCUCGCAAUUGCAACGUCUAGACGACGCCACGGCGACGAUGCAGCACUCGCUAGAGGUGGCCAAUGACAAAUGUAGGGGCAAUCUAGUAGAGUCCGCCGCGGCUAAGCCUACGAGUGUGUUGGCAAAGAAGGCGGCCGAUGGGAUGGCAAAUGCCAAGCAACUCUUGCGGCAGCUGGAAUCGACGUUGGCCCUGCCAGGAUUGACGGAUAACAUUUGACGACCACCGUCGAAUAACAUUAGGUGGCUUUGGCACGAAGCAGGGGGGCGAGGGUGGCGUGCCACGCUCGGUUUAGCGUGGACCUAAAACGUAGUUUAACGUCAAAGGAUAACGAUGUUGUAACAAAAGGAGACCAACCACUGCUUCCAGUCGUCCCGU